GGUUUUUUUUUAGUUUAUUUUGUGUCGGCCGAAGUCUGGCUCGUCUGUCUGGGUCGCUCUUAAAGGCGACGCGUGGCUGUCUGCUGCUGCGGAGAUCAGCUGCGAGGAGCUUUUUCUCAAAAAUGCUCCCCAAACUUCAGGGCCUGGAUGAACCGGCAGGACCCGCCGCCCUCCGCUCGGUCAGAGGCCGGACUGUAACGGGCUCAGGUGUCAACUGAAAACGAUGCAGUCUGUGCCCAUGGAGGUGGGAAGCAGCAGCGGCUCAGUGGUUCAGGUUUGCUUCCCCGGUGCUCAGACCUCGGUGCUGGACAGCCUGAACCGGCAGAGAGAGGACGGCAGCCUCUGCGACCUCUCCAUCCACGUCCAGGGACAAGUGUUCAAGGCCCACCGCUGCGUCCUGGCUGCGUCCUCGCCCUACUUCCACGACCAGGUACUACUGAAGAACAUGUCCACGGUCUCCAUCCCAGCGGUGAUGGACCCGCUGGCGUUUGAGAGCGUGCUGAGCUGCGCCUACACGGGUCAGCUCCGGAUGCUCCGCGAUGACAUCGUCAACUACCUCACAGUGGGCAGCGUCCUGCAGAUGUGGCACAUAGUGGACAAAUGCACGGAGCUGCUGAAGGAGGGCCGAGCCGCGGCAGCAGGAGGGAGCGGAGGAGGUGGAGGAGGUGGGGCUGUGCAGGAUGGAACGAGUGGAGCUGGAGGAUCAGCCAACUCCGGCUGUAGCAGCAGCAAUGGUGAUGGUGGAGCAGGUGGUGGUAAUGGAGCUGCUGGUGCUGAAAGUGUUGGUCAAGUACAGCUUGGGGAGUCUAACGAACCCCCGCGAGCCUCCCAGCCUCCCAGCCGCCCGUCGGUGAGCGAGAGCCAAUCACCCAGCAGCACCAACUACUUCAGCCCGAGGGACGGGAGCAGCUUUGGGGGAGGUGGCGCGGCUCCAACGGGGGCUUCUGGGGAUGGAGGCGGUGCUAACAACACCCCCAGCUACUGCACUCCAUCAGGAGGCGAAGAAGCCUUCCUUAUUGAGGAGGAAGACGAAGCCGAGGAGGAAGAGGAGGAGGUGCUGUACCAUCAAAGGAAACGAGGAAGCACAGGAGGAGGAGGAGGCAGCGGGAGGAGGAAGAAGAUGAGCUCAGUGUCAGAGCAGGAGGUCACGGUCAGCGACAGCUUUGGGGUUUCAUCCUAUCAGGACGGAGAGGACUCUGCAUUACCGCUGCAGAAGCGUCCCACCUACAGCCAGCCCAGCAUCAUGCCUCGCAAGCAGUGGGUGGUGGUGAAAACCGAACGGACAGAGGACGACGACCUGAUCGUGGUCUCCGGGGAGGAAGGAGGAGAAGAUGAGGAGGACGAGGAUGAGAGGGAGAUGGAGCUGGCACGAGUGCGGGAAAGGAGCAAUUUCAACAUCUCAAACGUCAGGAGCCUUUCAGGCGAGCUCGGGGGCAGAGCGGACAACGACAUGGACUCACAGGUCGAUUACUGCCAGUCUUCAGAGGACUACCUCAAGUUUGAAGGAAGUCUCAUGGACCAAACUUUAGCGCAACACCUUCACGACGGCGCUGCAGGUCAGAACCAGAACACUAACCGGGCGGUUUCGGCGCUGCUGGGUCAGGUUCAGUCUGCAGCCUCGGCCCGGGCUCAGCUCUUCCCACUGGACAUGCAGGGAAACCAGAUCCUGCUGUACAGCCAGGCCUCCGGACUCCCGCUGGAUGCUAGCGCGCCGCCCCUGGGGAUGGCAGGUGGUAUGAUCGGAGGGUCGUCCUUCAAAGGUCCCAGUAUGGAGCACGGUGCGGUCCACCUGUCGGUGCAGGGUGGUUUGGGGGUGGAUGGCGCAGAGAGCGGAGGAAUCGGAGGUGGAGGCGGCAGCAGUGGCGGCGGCUCUGGGGGUUCAGGGAAAGUGUUCAUGUGUCACUGCGGGAAGACCUUUACCCACAAGAGCAUGAGGGACCGCCACAUUAACAUGCACCUGGACCUGCGGCCCUUCCACUGCCCCGUCUGCGCCAAGAAGUUCAAGAUGAAGCAUCACCUCACCGAGCACAUGAAGACGCACACGGGCCUGAAGCCAUACGACUGCCUCGGCUGCGGCAAGAAGUUCAUGUGGCGCGACAGCUUCAUGAGGCACCGCUCGCACUGCGAGAGGCGUAGCGGGCUGGGAGAGAGCGGCGAAGGUGGAAGCGGCAGCGAUGGAGGGAGGAGAGGUGGAGGAGGAGGUGAGGAUGGUCCAGAUCUGAUUUCCUCCCCUCACCUCCUCCUGUCUGCAGGUGAGGGUGGGCAGGGAGGCAUUCUGGGAGGUGGAGCGAGGGGAGGAACGUCAGUGUUGUCCCCACAGCACGGUGGCGUCUCAGCCGCAGGAAGCGGCGGUGGUAACAGCAGCAGUGUCGCUCUGAGCAACAACAUGGCCGCUGCUGCAGGGGCACUCCUCGGGGCGGUCUCCCAGAGCCAGGGUCAGGGAUCUGUGAUGUUUGGCGGUCUGGGGUUGGGUCGGGGUGCGUGUGAGGAAGACGUGUGCGAGGUCAGUGCCAAUGAAAGUAGCGUGACUUAAACCAAAAUGUGUGUUGAAUCCAACGGGCGCCUCUUUCCAAGCAAACAGCUGCUGGUUCCUGCUGCUGCUCUGAAAAGAAGAAGCUCAGUGAGAAGCUCAGAAACUCUUUUAACUGCCAACGUGUUUUAAACAGAGGUCGAGUAAAAAACAGGCGAGGCUCCCGUUGGACACGCACAACCUGAAGGACCUCCAGGGAAACGAGACUUUGAGUUUCCACUCAUCUGCUGUGGUGUUUCUGAGACAAACGUGUGAAACUUGUUGUUAUCCACAGUUUAGAAUACUCUGAAUCGUGGCCUCGUAGAAGCGGACCUUCUGUCUCUGAGUAUUUGUUUAAAACGACAGAGACGAUUAGUUUAUUUUGAGUGAAUAAUAUACGUGUUUGUCGGGAGGAAACCAAAAACUAAAGGACAGCGCUUCUCUUACUGUUACCUUCUGUGGGGACACUAUAGUCUCAGUAGAGUAGAAAAAUGGCUGUUCUGAAUUGCUGUGACUUUCUGCAGUAUUGUUUUGUGAUAUAUUUCCUGUGAUUGGAGUAAAAAACCUAAAUCUGCAAAAACAAAUUGAACCUGAAAAUAAAUAGUUUUUUUAAAGCUUCGGGGUUCAUGAAACUCUCAGCUGACUUAAUCAGACGCUAAACGUUUGUUUGAACCAAGAAAAAUGCAGAUUUGUGUUUUUUCUAAAAUUCCUCACAGCAGCAGCAGCCCUGCAGUCUUUCCUGCCUCGGUCCCACAAACAGACCAAACUCAGCACUGCCAUGUUGUUUCAGAUGAUGCUGCUGGUACCAGUUUGAAGCCCAGCCUGAGGAUUCAGCUCCGAGAAAACAAAGAGCCACGUGUAGCAUAUAGACUGUAUGUAGAAGAUGGACACAGCCACCAUGACAUGUUGUAGCUACUCCAACUACUGACUAAGGAACACACCAUAACUGAGGAAACCGUAAAUAUAAAUAGGUACAGAUUUCUGCUAGUUAGACUCAUAACAGACUAAUAAUUAAAGAUACUAGAAUUUCAAAACUGAAGCACAGACAUGUUGUACCUCAUAGUAAGAUAAAUUAUUUAUUUCUCUCAUACUUCCAUUAAUGCUUCACAAACACUGUUCACUCAGAUGAUGUGCGGCCUUUAAGCUACAGUCAGUACCGUCAGUUUAGGGAGACACAUCCUGACUUUGGGCCUUUGUAAAAUCUAAUGAAGUGAGUUAUAUGGAGUACAGCUGAUAUGAAGGGGGAAAUAUUAAUAGAGGGCAAGAUAACUUUGUACCAGCUGGGAGGAGGCCUCGGGGCAGAACCAGAUGAGCUGGAGGAGGUGACUGAACUCAGCUUAGACCCAGAUAGGCAGCAGAAAAUGGGUGGAUGGCCUUGACAUGUUUAUUCCAUCUCUGAAAUAGCCUGCUUGUGCUUAAUUUUUCAUGCCCGGGCCCUUCCGUUUGGUAUAAAUGAUAAUAAAUAAUAAACUGUGCUCUUGCAUGGUCUGCAGAUCACAGGGCUCAGAGUGUAAAACACCUGCUGGCCUCAAACUGAAGCUCAGCAAACAUCAGCAAAUACGUUACAAAAUAAAAGCUUUGAAACAUCCAGCACAAACAACAGUUACACCAUUAAAGUUUAAGUCUGUAGCAACAAAAUGCAAACUGGACUUUAAGCCUGUGUUGGAUUUACACGUGGUUCUUUCUUUUAGCUGAACCUUCAGUAGCGCCGUCACAGAGGGAAGCCUGUUGAUCUCAGUCAUGUAUGAAGGGAGGAAUAUUUCUUUAGACUGCUCAUUUAUUGACGUGUGCAGCUCGAGCCUGACUCUCAAAGUGAUUUUCAAACAUGUUCGCGUGUAGAAGUUCAAAAGUUGAAGCUAAAUUUAUUUCAGCUCUACACAAACACAAACACUACCUGUAACUGAUCACUUCCCCUCUGGAGCUUUUAUAGCUGGAGGCGACUAACUUACUGUUUUGCUGCUGCUUUCACUUUAUUACUUUGUUGUUUGCAGAGUUUUUGGGCUUUGAAGAGUAUAAAAUAUUCUUAUUGCUGUAAAUAUAUAGAAAUAUAUGUCAACUACUCAUCAGGCUGGGAGCAAAGUUUAGAUACAGAUGUUGUUUGAUCUGAUUUUUCAGAGGAGGAAGUCUGUGAGAGUUUCUCUACAAGGCUUCCUAAAAAUCCUCCUACCCUGCAGCCAUCUGUUCAGUAAUGUUUAGUUCACUGAGGUCUUAUCUAA